AUGAUUGCUAUAAAAAUAAUCGAUACAAGGAAGGAUUUAAAAUAUACGAAGAAAUGCUUGCCACGUGAGAUUGAACUUAUCCGAAAGUUGCAACAUGACAAUAUUAUUAAAGUUUAUGAAGUAAUUGAAAAAAGUCCGUAUGUUUGUGUUAUACAAGAUUUUACGAGUAGAGGUGAUUUGUUGCGAAAAAUAAGACGUCAAAGUAAGGUUAAUGAAAAGGAUGGAAAAAUGCAUUUUCGGCAACUUAUUGAAGCAAUGAAGUAUUUAAAAUCGAUGGAAGUUGUACAUCGCGAUAUUAAAUGCGAGAAUAUAUUACUCGACUCAUGCGAAAAUGUUAAAAUUACCGAUUUUGGUUUUGCACGAUCGUUAAAAAUUGGCGAAAAAUCAAAAACAUUUUGUGGUUCUCGAGCAUACUUAGCUCCAGAAAUUAUUAGAGCACAACCAUAUGAUGGAUAUCGAUCGGAUAUGUGGAGUGCGGGGAUUGUACUGUAUGUGAUGAUAACGGGAAUGAUGCCUUAUGAUGAUAAGAAUGUGCAAAAAAUGUUGGAAAGACAAUUGCAACAUAGAAUAAUAUAUCCACGAACAGCAAAGAUAAGUAUGGAUGCGAAACGAUUGAUAUUUGAUAUUCUUCAUCCGAUACCUCAUAAAAGGUUAACAAUCGAGGAAGUGAUACGUUCCAAAUGGUUGGCUGGUGUGGAAUAUCAUAUUUUAGAUCAGCCUAUUAACGAUUCGUUAACAUCGGAUUCUGAUAAUAUUAUCUGA